AUGGAUGAAGAGCCUCUCAUUGUACCUGAAGAACAUGCUGAAGAAGCUGGCCCCGGUGAGGCAGCCAAUGCACUAGGAGCAGCAGACGAAAUGACAGACCCAGCUAUGCGCCCAACCACCGAGACGGUGUGCUGUCAGUUCGAGUACUCCGCUACUGUUGAUCGUCUAUCUGCUUGUUGUCAUGGAGGAGCCAAGAUGGCGGUCCUGGCCUACAGCCUGGGCAAACGAGAAAUAAAUCAGUAUUUUAGUAUUAAAAAUGCAAAGUUACUCUCGUUUACCGCUGUCGUUCUUCUUAUCGCAUUUCACUCUGCAUCGCGGUACUAUGGAGGUGGAGACACAUGUGAGUGGCUGCUGUCAAGCGGUCGGUUUUUGGGGGAGAACGUGUGGCAGCCUUAUGGCUGUAUGAUGCACAAGUACAAAAGCACUGAAGCCAAGUUUUGCCUCAGCCACAAGAGUGUGGCAUUUAUUGGUGACUCCAGAAUUCGGCAACUUUUUUAUUCCUAUGUCAAAAUUAUUUACCCUGACUACAGAAACGAAGGAAUUAAGCAUGAAAAUAUCCCCUUCGAAGAUCGGGCCUCCUCACUCAAUGUGAAUUUCUUUUGGUACACAGAAGUGAACAACUCUCUGAAGGAACAUCUUCAAGCAUAUAUAGAGAUGUCUGCAAAACCAGAUGUCAUCAUAAUGGGUGCCGCAACGUGGUCCAUCAAACUCCACAGCGGCAGCAGCGAAACCGUGCUCCACUACAAAGCCAACAUCACGGCCAUAGCACCAUUGCUGGAGACCCUAGCUGUGGACACCGAGGUCUACUGGGUUUUGCAAGAUCCUGUCUCUGAGGAGCUGCUGAGCGAGAGCCAUAAGAUGAUCACCAACGAGCAGAUCGACAUGUAUAACGAGGCGGCGGUGAGCGCCCUCAACAGCAGCAAGAAGAACGCUAAGGCCAGGAUCCGCUUUCUGAAGGCCUCCCGGCAAGCUGCCAUGGAAACGGUCGCCCGGUCUGACGACGGCUUGCACGUGCCCGAGGGCACCGGAGAUGUGGGCGCCAUGGUGAUGAUGAACGCUGUCUGCAACAAGGUCCUCCGGCCCAUCGACGGCUCCUGCUGCCAGGCCCUCCCCGCCACCAGUGGCCUGCAGAAGCUGACGGCCAUAGCCUUCCUGGCCUGCGCUGCGGGCUUCCUGGCGCUCCACGUCCUCGGCUACCGGCGCCAGCGCAAGAGCCGUCCGCCGGCACCUGUCGACGUGGAGUGCGGCGAGGAGAAGAAGAAGCCCGGCUCGGCGGUGGCGGCUGCCCUCAACUCCCGUGGCCCACUGUUGGCCUUGUGCAAGAUGGGCCUCAUCAUGGCUUACUUCUACUUGUGCGACCGCGCCGACGUCUUCAUGAAGGAGCAGAAGUUCUACACUCACUCCACCUUCUUCAUCCCGCUCAUCUACAUGUUUGUGCUGGGGAUCUUCUACAGCGAGAACAGCAAAGAGACGAAAUUUCUGAACAGAGAGCAAACAGAUGAGUGGAAAGGCUGGAUGCAGCUGGUCAUCCUAAUCUACCACAUCUCUGGAGCGAGUGCUUUCCUGCCGGUCUACAUGCAUGUGCGAGUUCUUGUGGCGGCGUACCUUUUCCAGACGGGAUACGGACACUUCUCCUUUUUCUGGCUCAAGGGAGACUUUGGUCUCUACAGAGUGUGCCAGGUGCUGUUCCGGCUUAACUUCCUGGUGGUAGUGCUGUGUUUGGUCAUGGACAGGCCGUACCAGUUUUAUUACUUUGUGCCACUGGUGACAUUCUGGUUUGUUGUAGUCUACGCCACAAUGGCUCUCUGGCCCCAGAUCCAGCAGAAGAAGGCCAAUGCCAGCGGCAUAUGGAAUUUGGGGAUUCUGAUGAAGCUACUCGGCUUGCUAGUCUUCAUAUGUGUUUUUGCGUAUUCGCAGGUGUUCUUUGAGAGUGUCUUCUCCGUCUGGCCAAUUUCAAAGCUCUUUGAGUUGAAGGGAGACAUCCAUGAAUGGUGGUUCCGUUGGAAGCUCGAUAGAUUUGCAGUGAUCCAUGGGAUGGUGUUUGCUUUCAUGUACCUGGCGCUGCAGAAGUGUCAGCUGCUCUCGGAAGGCAAGGGGGAGCCCCUCUUCUCCACCCGUGUCUCCAACUUCCUCAUCUUCGUGUCGGUGGUGUCAUUCAUGACCUACUCCAUAUGGGCCAGUAGCUGCAAGAACAAAACAGAGUGCAACAAGAUGCACCCCUAUAUCUCUGUGGUGCAGAUCCUGGCCUUCGUGUUAAUCCGGAACAUUCCUGGCUACGCCCGUUCCCUGUACAGCUCAUUCUUUGCCUGGUUUGGGAGGAUCUCCCUGGAGCUCUUCAUCUGCCAGUACCACAUCUGGCUGGCGGCCGACACCAAGGGUAUCCUGGUGCUGGUGCCCGGCAACCCCUCGCUCAACAUCAUCGUCAGCACCUUCAUCUUCGUGUGCGUGGCGCACGAGAUCUCGCAGAUCACCAACGACCUGGCGCAGGUGGCCAUCCCCAAGGAGAACGGCCCGCUGCUCAAGAGGAUGCUGGCCAUGGGCGUGUUCCUGGCUGUCGUGCUGCUGCUCUCCCGGGACCACUGAGAAGGAGGGUGGACAGGGGGCAGGAAGUGGAUGGGGGUUUACGAGACAUGACGUGAUGCUGGGGGGUGGGGAAGGAGCCAGUUGGCAUGGAAACUGGAUCGCCGGGCACUGGAGAAGAUGGAGGACGAGGUUCGGGGGUGACUGUGAAAGGGGUCACUUCCAGCUGGACUUGGUCAAGAGCGUCGGAUAAAGGUCGGUGGGGAGGGGGGGGUGAAACGAGGGCUGAAAGCUGUGCCUUCCAGCUGCGCUGCUGUGAUUAGUCAGGAUCCUUGACUUCGCAGACAGCUCCCAUUUUGUGUAAGGGGAGUGAUUAGUCUUGCUACACAGAUGAAUCUAACUGAGUGACGGAUGCAGUCGCGGACACAGAGGUGUGCCAGGCCAUACCCAAGGAACUCUUCAAUAGCAAUCUUCAUCAAUUUCGCCUACAAACUUGUUUACAGUCAGCUGAUACAUCUAAACAAAUGUCUCGUUAAAGGUCUAGAACAAACCUAGGACCUACAAGCGGACCCUAGAAUGAAUGAUACUUUCCCAGAUGAGAGCGGUUCCUUCUCCGUCCAGUCGAGAACACCGUAGCUAUAAAGAUCAUUUAAGAAAAACAACAAAAAAAGAUUUGAUUGCUGAAAAUUUGAAUGGUUUCUUUUGCCUUUGCACUGACCAGUGCUGUGAUGUCAUAGCUCUGACACCGCUUUUAAUUCGUUCUCAAUGUACAGUAUUUCAUGUUUUAAAUUAAGCUUAUAUUUUAUACUGGUGUAUAUUUGUGUUUGUAUUUUGAUGUUUUUAUCCUCCUCAUGGCUUUUUUUCCCUUGUUGCUGUGUCUGUGCCCUUGACUACUGUAUGUGAAUGAAGUAUUCGCGAAGGCAUUCAUACUCUCACCUCAUACAAGGGUGGCUUUUAAAGUCAGCCAUGCAUUCAAAUGCAAGGGCAGGACUUUCAGAAGGUCAUCGGGGAAGGCUCCACUGUUUACUUGAAUCUACUCCAAUCAAAGUGGCAGUGCCAGAUUUUUUUUUUUAAUUGGCUGAUUGUAAAGGUUUGUUUCCCUACAUUUGUACAUCCAAAGGUGGGGUUGGGGGUAAAUGAUCACAUUUUGCAUAUCAUCAAGUGUUGGUCUUUUAACCACUGAAAAUGAAUGCCAAUCUUUUGAAAAGCACAGGCUUUUUUUAAGAAAAUUGUGAUGACAUUUUAUGGGUAUUUAAUAUCAUCGUAUUGAAGGCAUACUAAUCUGCAUCUGCUCCCAAUUGCUUGAAGCGGUAGCAUUAUUAUAAUAGUGAGGACCCCCCCCCCCCCCCCCCCCAGCGGUAGCAUUAUUAUAAUAGUGAGGACACACACACUCCCCCCCCACCCCCCCCACCCCUUAGUAGCCACUCCUGUGUGAACGUUUCUCAGAGGUGGUACUUUGAGCUUUCGUAUUUUUGUAAAGAUAGGUGGUGUCAGAGAAGUUGGUAAACCUCCUAACAGAAGAGCCCAUUGGCUUUGUUUAGUUUGGAAAUUGAACCCCCCCCCCCCCCCCCCCCCAGGCUGUUCUAUUAUCAGGUUUACAACUUCCUCUGGGUUAUCUUACCUAGGUUUGCCACUAAACCAACUAGUUGGAAUCACGGCCAGGAGUGUCUGAUUGAUGCAUAAAGACAGGAUGAACGCACUAGGAGAUUGAGCAACAAUUUUUAAUUUUGAGAUUUGCAGUGUUCUUGCUUCUUAGUCUGUUUACACCUAGCUUGUAUGGGAUUAUGACCGAAUAAACCACAGCCAUGUGAAUAGCGCUAUCUGUAUGCAUUGGUGUGCACUGUCAGCUGUCCAUUGAAGAUGCACCAAUAGAAGUCUCACACAGUGGCACCACCAUUGUCUUAAGCAUUUCACAGCCAGUUCAUUUUUAAAAGAAUAACAAGUAGUUCAUAAAUUCCAUUUACAGUUAUAAAAGACAGAUACUCAAUGUUCAACCAUGUGAAAAGAGAAAAUAACUGCUCGUUAUUCUGUUAUACCUUUAGCAAAGCAUAUUGUAAAGUGUGUGAAUCUGAAUUUUAAGGCUACUGUCCCCUAAUAUGUGGUAUAUUUCAGUUGGUGUGCCAUCAUGGGCUUUCCUGAUGAAGGGGGGGGUUGUGUGUUCUCUUCCUGUGUGACAAGUAACCAUAGCAACUGCAACUGCACUGCUAUUUGCUAUAUUUGAAACGGGAUACAUUUAUGGGUCCUGAAUUCUUUGUCUUUCAGAAAAAAUACCAACAAAAACAAACUAAUAACACAAAAAAAAACCUGUUCUGACAAUGCAGAUCAUUUCUGCGUAUGAAGUUUGACAUUUUCUUCCAUUGUAGGGAGGCAUUUAACCAUGUCAAGGCAAACAAAAGUGAACUUCUGUUUCACACAGCUAACAAUCUGGUGUGAUUAUGUUUCAUUUUAUGGGUGUUGCAGCUGCUCGACAAAAGGUCAUGUUGCAGCUUUGUAUUCUCACACACUCAUUGUAUGCUUAAAUAGGGGUUAAUUUUAGUGUACUGUAUAAUGGUUAUUCUGGGACAUGUGGAGACAUCAUGUGACCUUAUUUACAGCCUCCAUUUUGUUUUUGUAUAGUUGGACUGGUAUAUAUUUAAACAAGAGAAGCUUUAUCCCAGGGCCUUGAGUUUUGUUUUGCUUUGUAAAUACAUUUGUGGUGUCUUCAAAUGUGAAAAAGAUAACCUGUUUUUUAUUUUCAGAACAUUUGGUUUCACUCCUGUUGUACAUUUCAUGGUUAUUGAUGAUAAAAAUGUCCUUGGACAUGUA